CAAAGCUCUUGCGUUUCCGGCCAGCUCAGCGUCAGUCCUGUGGUGUUGUCAGCUCCCUGUCAGUCGCUCUCUGCUUCACCUGUGAUAUAUAUCUGUUCCCCCGGAGAACCACCGUCACCGGAGAGAUGGUGCUGCUGACGAUGAUCGCUCGGCUGGCGGACGGGCUGCCGUUAGCCGCCUCCAUGCAGGAGGACGAGCAGGGAAGUGAAAAGUUGGGUCGGGACCUUCAGCAGUAUCAGAGUCAAGCUAAGCAGCUCUUCAGGAAACUCAAUGAACAGAGUCCAUCACGCUGCACUUUAGAGGCCGGCUCCAUGGCAUUUCACUAUGUUAUAGAGAAAGGCGUGGUGUACCUGGUGCUGUGUGAAGCCAGCUUUGCUAAGAAGCUGGCCUUUGCUUACCUUGAAGACCUGCAGGCAGAGUUUCAUGAGCAGCAUGGGAAGAAGGUCCCUACAGUUUCACGGCCAUACUCCUUCAUUGAAUUUGACACCUACAUCCAAAAAACCAAGAAGUCGUACAUCGACAGCCGAGCGAGGAGGAACCUGGGCAGCAUCAACACAGAGCUGCAGGACGUCCAGAGGAUCAUGGUGGCUAACAUAGAGGAGGUGCUGCAGAGAGGAGAGGCUCUGUCGGCGCUGGACUCCAAAGCCAGCAACUUGUCCAGCCUGUCCAAGAAGUACAGGAGCGACGCCAAGUAUCUGAACACCCGCUCCACCUAUGCCAAGCUGGCAGCCGGCGGCGUCUUUUUCAUCAUGCUCAUUGUCUACGUACGCUUCUGGUGGCUCUGAGAGAGAAGAAGGGGAGAAGAAGGAAUCGAAGAAGGAAAUGAGCUGCAGAGAAUCGGCAGACACUAAGAAAAGCUUUCACCUUUGACUAAAAACCGGAUCUUAAUAAGACUUUGCAGACAUGCCACCGCCCGUUUUGUUCUCACCUGUCCAUGGAUGUGUGGACUGAAUAUAAAUGAUGUCAUAUCACAUAGUUUUAUUAUUAACAAUUAUUCAGUAAUGCGCUUGUAAUUGCCCUGAAGAACGGUUAAAACAAAAUGAGUGAUCGUGAGUGUUUUGGUGUGAGUGCUCUGUUUCUGAAGGUGAUGAAGAGUAAACACAUUUCUUGUUUUGUGAGUUUACAAAGCUGUACUGUAACAUGAUUGAUUCGCUCUUGUAUAAUGUCUGUAAUAAUACAGAGAAGAGCAAAGAAAACAUAAGCCUAUUUAUCCUGAGCACGUCAUAUGGCUAUCUGCAUUCAUUUACAUUAUAAUCAAACGAGUUGUUCCACAGUUACAAUCGCAAAAAUGGCAUUUAUCAUUUUAAGUUGAAUUGACUCAGCUAUCAACUAGGGAAAGUACUUUAAAAGUAAACUGUUGCAUGGAAGUGGUGGUAUAAGUGACUGCACAAACAUUUUAAGGUUGUCAGAGAAGGAGGAAAGUCAUGGAGUUUUUCUUUUUGCUGAAAGAAGGGUAGAGGUUAACUUAAUAUCAAUCCAAAUUCAUAUUUCAGCCUUGGUGAUUGUCACAAAGCAUAUAUUUAGUGUGCAUAGUUGGUCAUAAAUGUGCUCAAAAAAAUGUAU